UUCCUUUAUUUCUUUUGUCGCUUUUUCUUGCCAAAACUCAAUUAUUUUCAACAAAACCCACCAUUUUAGCUGUCCCCUUCAAACGCCCCCAAAAAAGAAAAAAAAGAAAAAAAAAACACCCUCAUCUCUCUCUUUCUUCACUGACUUUCACAAAAUACCACAAAACUUCUCACUUCUCUCCGCAGUUCUCUCUUAUCACUCCCUCCCUCUCCCCUCUCCCUCUCUCUCUUCCUUGCCAUAUACAAAAAACUCACACACUCUCCCUUCAUACACUCUCUUCUCUCCUCCCCCUUCUAAACGCUUCUUUCAUAACCUCUUCAUUCAUUCAUUCAUCCAUUCGUUCAUUCAUCUGUUUGAUAUAUCAACUUGGACUCACUCGGUGCAGAAGGCUUGUUGGACGACCGUGUCAGAAACCAUACAGACGACCCUAUAUAAUUAAUCAUUUGAUGGAGGCGCCGGACCAGUUCUUCCACGGCGGUUACUGCGCCGCCGCUGCCCAAUUAACGCCCCAAAAUUGCCAUCACUUGUCGUCCCUCGAGAACAAGGACGUGCAGCAUUUUGCGGUCGAGGACUUGCUGGACUUCUCCAAGGACGAUGUGGGAGCCGUGGGGGGUGUUGUGAGAGGGCUCGAUAGUGCCGCAGGCGGCAGCUCCACCGACUCAUCCACCCUCACGGUGGUCGACAGCUGCAAUUCGGCGUCGUUCUCAGGCUGUGAUCCAGGCCUUGCUGCUGCCGCCACUGCUACCGGAGGAGGAGGGGGUGGGGAUAUAGGGUGCUGCGCCGGAUUCGCUGACAACGACCAGUUCUCCAACGAGCUCUGUGUUCCGUAUGAUGAUUUAGCUGAGCUGGAGUGGCUUUCCAAUAUCGUGGAGGAGUCUUUCUCUAGCGAGGACCUGCAGAAGCUGCAGCUUAUUUCGGGAAUCAAAGCCCGGCCUGAUGAAGGAUCCGAGACAACUGCCCCUGAGUUCCAGCCUGAACUGGCCCGGCCCCACCACCACGGCAAAACCAUCAACAGCCCAAUCUUCCAUUCUGAUGUCUCCUUCCCCGCCAAGGCCCGGAGCAAGCGGUCCCGGUCUGCCCCAUGCAAUUGGGCCUCCCGCCUCCUUAUCCUCUCCGAGCCAACUAAUGACGCCUCCUCUACUGAGCCUGACAGACCUGCUCCAAUGAGCCCGCAGCCAGCUGCUGGCAAGAAGAACUCCCAGGCUUGCCCAAAGAAGAAGCCCAUGGGACCAGAGGGGAUCCCGAAUGGGGAGGGUCGGAAGUGCCUCCAUUGCGCGACGGACAAGACACCCCAGUGGCGAACUGGGCCCAUGGGCCCAAAGACAUUGUGCAAUGCUUGCGGGGUCAGGUACAAGUCGGGCCGGCUAGUCCCCGAGUACCGACCCGCUGCCAGCCCAACCUUCGUUCUCACGAAGCACUCCAACUCGCACAGGAAGGUCCUCGAGCUCCGGCGCCAAAAGGACCUCCUCAGGUCUCAACAGCUACAGCAACAUCAUCAACAGUUUAGUCUCCAGGGCCAGAACACGGUGUUCGACAUAACCAAUAGCGACGAUUACCUUAUCCACCAGAAUGUCGGGCCCGAUUUUCGACAGCUGACCUAGUGCCGGUGAUCAUAGAGUAGGAGGCCGAACAGGAUUGCAGGGCUUAGGUUGGUUCAAGAUUUUAGAUGCUAAUCAAGUUAGUUCUCAUAUUCUAGAUGAUUUUUAUUCCAUAGAGUUUUCUCCUUCAUCUAUUUUUUCCCCUUGAAAUUGGUAGCCAAACAAUUUCAUUUUUCAUUAGCAUUGCUUUUUCCUGCCUAAGCUGGGAAACUCAGGAAAUUAAACCGAAAAUUCCUAAUUCAGGACAUUUUUUCAAUCA